UCUGUCGAGACUCGAGAGUAGACCGUCUUGCUAAUGCUGUCUGUCUGUCACCGACAGUGGUUGCUGCUGCUAGCUCGUGUCGUGUGUGUGUGUGUACGUUGCUUAGUCUCUCUCGAGUGUUCGUUCCGAAAAGAAGUAACGUCGUGUGAGCGGCCCCUCUGCGUGAGCCAGGGAAGGCAGUGCCCGUCUUCAACUACGUUGCCCAUAUAGAUUGGAAGCAUUGACGAGCUGAACCUUCGCAUCUCGGUGCCAGCUGAUUUCUGCGGUUGAGGUUUAGCUGAGUGUUUGUUGGCAUUAUGCAGUACACUUUACUGUUAUGUUUUGCCUUGGUAGUGUGUGCCAAACCUGCAGAUGAGGAGAAGAAGUCACGCGUUCAUGAGGAUAAGUUAAGUGAUGAGACCCAUUUUGUGGAUGGAAUCCAUAACCCAGAUUAUGACCAUGAGGCCUUUCUUGGAGAAGAUGAAGCGCGGACAUUUGAUCAGCUCACACCUGAAGAAAGCAAAGAUCGUUUAAGUAAAAUUGUUGACAAGAUUGAUGUGGACCAUGAUAAUCUCGUCACUGAAAAAGAACUACAGAAUUGGAUUGAAUUUACCCAGAAACGAUACAUAACUGAUGAUGUGAGAAGACAGUGGAAUUCCAAUAAUCCAGAGAAUAAAGAGAAAUUAGAUUGGCAUGAUUAUAAAUCAAUGGUGUAUGGAUUUAUGGAACAUAUGGAUCCCACUGAGCUUGACGAUGAGGAGGAAGGCAUGACAUAUGCAGAAAUGCUUAAGAGAGAUCAGAGGCGAUGGGGAGUGGCAGAUGAAGAUGAUGAUGGUGCUCUUACUUUUGAAGAAUUCACAAAUUUCUUGCAUCCAGAAGAAGCAGAACAUAUGAGGGCUAUAGUUGUUACUGAAACUAUUGAGGAUAUCGAUAAGGAUAAAGAUGGAAAGAUUUCUUUAGAUGAAUAUAUUGGUGACAUGUACAGAGGAGAUCCAGAUGAUUUAGAACCAGCAUGGGUUAGCAAUGAACGGGAGCAGUUUAGGCAGUUUCGGGAUAAGGAUGAUGAUGGAUACCUUGAUGAGGAGGAAGUGAAAGGUUGGAUUAUUCCUCCUGAUUACAACCAUGCAGAAGCUGAAGCCAAGCAUCUUAUAUAUGAAGCUGAUGGUGAUGGGGACAGGCAGCUAACAAAAGAAGAAAUCUUGAUCAAAUAUGAUGUCUUCGUAGGUUCUCAAGCAACUGACUUUGGUGAAGCACUUGUUAGACAUGAUGAGUUUUAAUGAUUAACUUUUUAUACUUUUGGAAUAGCAUAGACAUUAGCUAUGAAGUAACUGCUAUUGUGACCCCUCAUAUUUUUUUAAGCUUUAAGCAAAUGGAAUUUAGAUUACUUAGGUUACUAAUGGUAGAUGGAUAUGAAUGAGACUGGGUUGUUAAUGAGUUUAGCCAGUAUCAGAGGUAAGAAAUGGAAACGAUCUUUUGGUCAUUUUUAGAAAUGUCCUUUUGUGUUUAAUUAUAUUUUUCACCUAAUUUCAGUUAAACUAAUACACAUGUAACAAGACAUAGUUUUGAGAAUGAAUUUUGUAGAUUAGUUUAUUUUUCAUGUGGUCAGAACUUUUUCUAGGUUUUUAGAAUUUAGUCAGAUGGGAUAUAAGAAAUUGUCUAGUUGUGGUUGGAAAAGUCAUAACAAAGUUUCUAGUAUGAAAGUUAAGCACUAGCAGGCAUUUGUUAAUGCUAGCUUUUGCUCUCUACCGAAAUGCCUAUAAAAGUAAGCUCUGUAAAUGAGUAGUAAUUUCUAUAUUAUAUGAAUAAGCCGUUUUGUAUUGAUUGUUUCAGACUCCAAUUAUAAAGAUGCAAGAGAGCUCAGAGAAUGUACAAAUGAAAUGAUAUGGGUUUUCAAUGCUUUGUUAUUGUGUAUCGUAAUUAUUUAUUUUUCUUCUGUCAUUUUUCAGUUUUUCAGUAUUAGGAAGAGUGCCAGUCAGUGGUACAAAAUCUGCAUUGCAUUAUUAUGUGAAGAUUUGUAUAUUUUAUAACAAAUAAACGUUGAUAUUA